AUGGCUUCAGAGCAGGCCUACAGUCCUGCCCCACCGCCUUCUCCCCGACUGCCUCCCCCGCCGCCUUCACCGCAUCCCACUCACCUCCAGGCGCCGCAGAUAUCUCCCAGGCGCUUCGCUGUGCAACCGCCACUUCUCAACACCACCCUUGCGCCACCGCCGCCCUCUGGUCCCGCCUAUCUGCAUGGCUCCACGCCCGUUACGGCCUCGUCGCUGAGCCUGCCCUUCUCGCCCUCACUCACGCCCUCGACGUAUGCGCCCUCUCCCGUCGCGGCUGCUUCACCCAUGGCCAUGCGAGGCUCUGCUCCAGCCGCGCCGUACAAUCCCCAACAAUGGUCGCGGGGUGGGAGUGUCAAUGGACAGCAUGUCCAGCACAGCCAGAUAUCGGUGCCCUCGAGGCUGCAUGACGUGACGGGCAUGGAAGCCUCGAUGCCCUCCCCGCCACCUCCAUAUUCGCCUGGUCAGAACCCAAACAUCUCGCAGUCACUGAGCACCAGCACCACUUCGUCGCCACAGCUCACUGCCAAUACGUUUCCCCACCCUCCGCCGCCCCCGCCGCCGACCAGCAAUCCGCCAUCGGCGCGUCCCAUCUCAGGCUACCACAGUCGGCCUACCUCCAUUGUCAUACCCUCGAGCGCCACAAGUGUGAUAUCGAACCAGCAGUUUCCCCCUCCACCGGGAAGGAACAGUACAGGUCGGUCGGCGUCGCGCGACAAACUGACUUCCAAGUUCAGCCUUUCGUCCUUUAGGAAUCGGAACAGUGACCAUAGCCCUGCUCCGAGCAACAUUGAUUCGCUUCAUAUCAGUACUUCUGAUGCCAUCCAGAGAGCACCUGCUUCCCCUGGGCUGGUUGCACAGCGAGCUACGUUGACCUACACACCAAAUGCAUUCGUGGAUCGACGGUACAGUCCCGAUACGCAGUCACCUAUCAGACCUCCGACUUCUCGAAGGGCGGCUUCUGCCGGUGUACCAGGCUAUGAGACUCGGACACCCAUCGAUGAAUCGCCCAUUGUCCCACCAGGAAGCUGGAAUCGCAAUGUGCCAUUACCCCCGCCCCCGCCCGGCCCUCCUCCCAGCAGUUCGAGGUCGCAGAGUAUGGGACCUGGAGCAGAACCAAGCUCUAGCCGAAUGCCUGUGUUGCCCUCGGCGCCCCCAACGAGAAGACCUGGUCAGACGUCAUUAACACCAAUCCCACCGACGCCCAUGGGUUGGCAAGAUGAGUCGACAAACCUUCGUCCAAGAUCACCUGCAGCUCAUGGCCUGUAUAUCGACACAAGCCCCCCUACCGUUCGCUCUUCCGAACAGCCCGCAGCAUCAUCAGAGAGUGGAAGCGUUUCGAUUUCGUCUGGGCCAACCACCACAUCAGGUUCGAACAGCACUUUGUAUCAAACUCCAAACAGACGCGAUGCAAGCACACGAGGCAUCCGGGAGCGAAGGAGUGAGAGCCGAGCGGCGCGGGAACAACGAGCUGAACCGAGUAACAACCCAUGGGCGCAAGAUCUAGAGAACGAAGCCGCAAAGCCUGCCAAUCUCGAUUUGGGAACACCCGAAGGUGGUUUGACCCGCCGUGGCGCUGUCACCAGGGGUACGCCAAAGAGCAGUGGGCCAAGAAGCGGAAAUAUCUUUGAAGAUUCUGGGUCAACAAACUCUACACCUCGAAUCGAUGCACCCCCCAGGUCUGCACUUGCCGGGGCGCCGACGCCGCCUUUUUCGCCAGGUAUGGAACAUCUCAGUCGUUCAGCCCAGAAAGCUCCAGUCCCGCUCCCUUCCAAAGCGCUACCCACCCCACCACUCCAUAUUUAUGGAGAUGAGAGAGAUGCAGACCUGACUCGUCAAUCAGAAGCUGCAAACGAUUCGGCCAUGAAUACACCAAGUACCUCUCGUGUCGGGGGCCCGGAUUCUACGGUAACCACACCUAGGCCGGCGGGCAUUCAUGCCUUUGCCCGUGCCUCUAUGGAACGUCAUCGACAGUUCAUUGAGAAAGAGAUGGCUGCCGAAACCGAUCAAGACAGACUGGAGUUGUUUGCAGAGUUCAUUGUAACUGAAUCUCGACUCCGCCGGGAUCGUUACUCUGGGGCUUUCGAUGCCAUGGCGGGCGAUAUCAUGGAUUUGACGAGAGACUUGUGGCGCUCCUAUGGCAAUUCGGGACGCAGGUCAGUCACGCCAAACACGCAAAAAACCCCCGCAGGACAUGUCAGCAGAAGGUCGCAAGGGUCUGUCGCAGGAGAAUCUCCUGACACUCGCUUCUCCAAUUCGAUGCCUACGACCGCUGCGAGUCCUGCAUCAUCAAUUGGCAACUUUACUCCUCAUACAGAACCUGCUUCACCCUCUAGUGCCUCAAGCCAGAAAGCUCGGGAUGCGUCUUGGGUUAAUAACUACCACCCCUCGCUCUCGCCUAUCCCUAGCAUGGCCAUGAGUACUAUUCCUGAUGAACAAGACUCAAGAGGUCGGUCUGCAAGCCGUUGGUGGGAGAGUGAUGGCGGAUCUUCUGGAGUUGGUGGUGGAAGGAGAUUGGAGCGAAGCAAAAGAGAGUCCAAGUACAUGAGUUUGCCGAAAGAAGCUCGUGAAAGUCUGCAGUGGGCCGGUAUGGAUGCGAACGCUCCAAGGCAGCGAGGCGAAUCCAGUAGUCGACCAGCGUAUGGACCCAAUGGAUACCCACCGGAGAAGGUUGGCCUGCAUGAGGAAGGCCAACAGCCGCUGCCGCAACAGCAGCAACAGCUACAGCAGCAACAACAGGGCUACGGCUACUACCAGAGAUCCGCUACGGCAACGCCUGACCCUGAUAAGCUGGAUGUGUCGCGGCUUGUCACGCUCCCCCCUUCGUACCCACGACAUCACCCCGCUGUCAACAACAGUCACCCAGAUCUGGCCAGUAUCCGAAGCAGUUUGCGAACUCUCUCGGAACUCGAUGAAGUCAAGAACACCAAGGCGAAAUUCAACACAAAGAUCGAGGCUCGAAAAGAACAAGAGAAUGCAUCUUUGUCUGACCGACGCGCGCAACUGAGAUAUAACAUUCAGGAUAAUGUCCGGAAUGGGGUCAUGUCGUUUGCUGAUGCCGCUAAAGCAGAGGCAGACUUUGAGAGUCGCGAGCAUCAAAGGGCACAGGACGUAGUCCAAUGGAUAUUCGACACAUUCCAGGCCGAAGUGGCCAAUCCACUCCAUGCCAUGUUCUGCGAGCGCAUCACCAAGGCUACAGCUUCCAUGGAGCACCUUAAAGGACGCUUGAAACAGGAGCCAGAUCCCAAUCAGACACAAGAAGAGGGUGACGAAAAACCAGAGCUUCUAGAGAUGCUUACUUUGCUCAAGUGGCUGUUUGAGGCGCGGGAACAACUACAUAAAGAGAUGUACGAGUUGGAAGAUGAAAGAAAUGACCUUUAUCGGGACAUCAUUGUUUUGCCUUAUGUUCAAACCAAGAACGAACAAAAGGUAAAGGAAGCUACAAGCUUCUUCCGGCACGACGGCCAAGAUCGCAAAGUUACCUUUGAGAAGGAAACACUCAAACGCUACGAAGACUUUAUGGACGUCAUUGAACGAAACGUGACGCGGGGAGUUGAGACUCAGCUUUCUGCUUUCUGGGAUAUUGCACCAGGCCUGCUUGCUAUUGUACAGCAGGUUCCUCGAAACCUACAAGGCUUUGGGAUCCUGGUGCCGCCUCAAGAGUACGAGGAGACACCAGCCUAUCACGACUACCCGCUACAGUAUCUCUACACUCUUCUCGCACACGCUGGUCGCUCUGCGUAUCAGUUCAUCGAGUCGCAGAUUAAUUUGUUGUGUCUAUUGCACGAGGUCAAGACAGGCGUCAUGACUGCAGGUUCACGACUCCUCGAAACACAAAGGCUUCUAGAGGGUGAGGAUCUAGCAGGGGUAAACCAAGAGAUGAAGGCUAUUAGGGCUGAUGAAGAGAGGAGAUUGACUGAUGACUUGAAGGAGAAGGUUGGCCUAGUGGAGAGCCAAUGGAAUGAAGCGCUUGGACAAGGCUUGGAAGACUGCAAACGACGCGUGGAGGAGCAUCUGGCAGAGCAAGGGGGUUGGGAUGACACUCUGCGAGAGUGA